AUGGCGGCCACAGAAGGCGAAGCGCCAACGGCGCACCGGGAUCUCGUCCUCGGCAUCAUCUCGAGGUUUGUCUACUCAUCAGGCCCACCAUGCCGCGCCGACGCGACGACGGUUGAGCUGACCCGAUUUUCCAGCCUCUACAAGAGUGAGAAUUUCAGCGACCUGACCAUCAAGCUCGACAAUCGCACCUGGAAGGUUCACAAGCUUGUUGUCUGCUCCCAGUCAACCUUCUUUGCGCACGCUUGUGCUGGCGAUUGGAAGGAAGCGCGCGAGGGUGUCGUGACUCUUCAUGAGCAGGAUGUCCCCUCUGUCGAGGCAAUGAUCGAGUACCUGUACACUGGCACCUAUUCGAUGCCGGAAAAGCCCUACACCACCACCACUUUCGACAGGAACAUCUUCCAACUCGCCGACCAGUACGACAUGCCAGUGCUAGCCAAGCUAGCCGCGGAUCGGAUCAUGCUGAUCGUAUCGCAAGAGUGGGCCUCGUUUCCGGUCCUUGCAGAGAUGGUCGAGUAUCUCUGCGAAGAUGGCCCCGUCAACGCCCUUACUCAAGGAAUGCGCAGAGAGCUGGUCAAGAUCUGCGUCGACAACGAAGUGAAUCUCCUCCACGAUCCCAACAACGACGCAUUCAGAGAGGCCAUCAGAACCGCCCCUCUCUUCGCCAUCGAGUUCUCCAAAGCGGUCGUGGCAAAGACCGAGAAAGAACACGAGGUAAGCGCGGCAAGGUCGGAGAGACUUCUCACGGCGAAACUGAGGGCCAUGCAAGCUACCUUCGAAGCAAGCUGUGAGUCAGCGAUCGUGCCUGAAGGCCAAGCACGCAUGAGAUGCACAGCUGCGAGCUGCAGGAAGCACUUCGUGGCGGAACAGCCACCCGAGCGGAAGUUUUGCCCCGAGUGCGGCAAGGCCACUGUUGUCUUGGCUGAGCGCACCCUCAAGGCAGACGUCGUGUUGGAAGUAGCUCGAUUUCGCGCAUCGAAACUCAAAGAUUACGAAGGCGGAGUGCUACCGUUCGAGGAAAUCGCAGACUUUGAUGUUCGGGUUGGGAUUGCAGGACGGCAUUGA